AUGGAUAAAAGAAGGAAAGAGAUUGCUAAUGAGGAAAAAUUACUUUGCGAUGCACGCAGUUCUUUUGAGCAGGCAGCUUUAGAUUCUCAAAAUGGAGCUGAUCAAAAAGUAAUUGAUCAGGCAACUGAAUUUUUGAAAGAUUUUGAAAAACAAAAUAUCUUUUAUGAUACAGUUUUGCUUAUAAUACAAUCGAAUUUACCAGGUAUUCCUCUAUUUAUAGCAUGCUCGAUGGUUUCUGAUAAAGUUUUAUUAAAUUUUGACGAUAUUCCGAUUUCUAAAAUCGAUUCUAUCUUUCAAGUUUCAUGUUCAAGACUUAAAAACAAUUUAAAUCCAGCAGAAGAACGCGAACAACUACAAUUAAUCAACAUUGCUUCAUCAAUUGCGAUUCAAAAAUUAGAAUAUAUCAGCCAAUACUACAAUUUACCAGAAAUAUUUCAGAUAAAUUACUUCAACAAUCUAUUUGAUUACUUAUAUUGUGAUCAUUGCUCUAAUUUUUCAAAAUUACAAUCAAAAUUAAUUUCCUCAUCAAGUAAUAUCUUAAAACUACUAUCAAAUACAUCCUUCAGCGAACACUGGCUAUAUCUAUUUCGCUAUUUUAUCAGAAUCAAUUCAUCAAACUUUAUUUCAUCAGAUAUCUCUCCAUUAGUUCAAAAAAUCAGUUCCAACUCAAAUUUUGAGUUAUCUCCAGCAUUAAUAUCACUUAUUGAAGAAUGUUGCAGCUUAACAACCUCAAAGAUUAGCCGAGAACAGAUAAUUUUUAUAAAUUUAUGUUUAGAAUUUUUCUUGGAAGUUCUUAAACAAAAUUCGAUCAAAGAACAAACAGAAGAACUAGUUAACGCAAGAUCUUAUGUCUGGAACUUAGUUCUCGAUAUAAAUCCAGAGUUCUACAUCCUGACAAUCAACCAAAACUUGUUUAGAGAAAUAUUAAAACAAUUUUUGGAAGAAAUCAAAAAUUUUGACACAGAAAGUCAACAAUUUCAUGAACUCAUUGAUGCUUCAUCGAAUCUUGUUGGUGUACUUGCAUCACAGAAGAAUAGUCCUUUCCCUAUGGAAAUAUGUAACUUUCUGGCAACUUUUCUUGAUGUUCCUGAUUCUUUGGACAUGAAUUCGAAAACAAUGAAAAAUUUGUUCAAAAAUUUGACAGUUUACAACGGAAAAUGCGUUAAAAAGUUUUUUGAAGAGUACUUGAGUGAAAAUGGAUUGAAUGAUAAAGUUUUCUAUGCGUUAUCUAACAGUUCGAUUCAAUUAAGGGAAUUUUUCUCCUCAAAAAUUUGUGAUUUCGUUUUUCAACCACAAAACAAAGUUUUGUUCAUGAAAUUUAUUGACAAAUUCGCAUUAUUUAUAAAUUUCAUGCAGAAUGGAGCUAUAUUUGAUGAUCUUUUAUCGUUUGCAAGCAAUGAUUUGUUUUAUAUUUUUUGUCACGCGGUUUAUAAAAUUUCCAAACAUUCUGGAAAGAAUUUGACAAUGAUAAAAGGCAGGGAAAAAACAGAAAGACUAAUUGAUAUGCUUCCAAAUGUUGAUCACCCUUAUUCCGCUAUGUAUUUGCUAACUGCAAUUAUUAAUUUCACUCAAUUUUUGAAUGUUACAGAAAAAUUUGGUGAAAAAAUUUCUCAGAUUUUGCCGCAAACGUUUGAUUACGUUAUUAGUUAUUCUAUAGGUAAUAAUAGUCAAGAAUAUGUCACAGAGAACUUCCACAUCAUUGGAGAUUUCUAUGAAUUCCUCAAAAAUCAUUUACAAAAAUCAACUUUUUCUGAAGAAUUUAUUUCAAUUUUUUGCAAUUGUUUUGUGAAUAAUUUCUCCAAUUUAUCGAAUUAUUUCGAUGCCAAAGAAGUCUUCAUCCACGAAACUAUCACAAGAGUAUUUUUAUCAGCUGUGACUCUUAAAUGGUGCCCUGAUAACGAAAUGAUUGCAAGUUAUUUGGCAAAUAGUUUGUUGAUUUCACCAAUUCCUCUACAUUUUGAUUUGGCUGAGGAGAUAUUAGAUAUACAACCACAUUUACCAUUGCUUGGGGCUAUAGCUAGAUUGGAAUCCAUGGAUGACCCAAUGAUUGCUGUUUCUGCUUUGAGAUUUUCGCAGAGAUUAGUGAAAUAUAAUUUAUCUAUCUUUUUUGGGAAUUUUUCUAUUGAUUUCGUUUCUCAGUUGCUUAAUUCGGGUUCUCCAAGGGUUGUUAGUGCAACACUCAGUUUAAUAUCUUUGUUAGUUCAAAUGAUUAGUUUGGAAGAUCUAGAAAAAAUAUUUCCACUUUUAUUCGAUCAGAUUUAUAACGGAAUGGUUUCUAAUUGGACCGAAAACGAAAUAAGACUCGUUCAUAGGAUUAUGAAAAGGAUUGCUGUAAGACAUACCAGUCCUGACAAUAUAUUGAACUUGUUUAAGAGCAAAAUACCUGUAGAUUCUUCUUAUUUUGAUGAUUUUGCAAAUGCUUUUGCAGACGAAGGCCCAAAAAUACAAAAAUCAUUUUCUUUGCUAAUGAAAAUGCUUGAGAUAUAUAGAAAACCAAUAGAAGAGAUGUAUGCUGAAUUAGGAAUAGAAUAUCAUCCAUGA